CAAAAGAGACGAGAGAUUUGAUUGGUCGCAGACUGUGGAUUCAGGGAGACAAUUGGUUAUUGCGCAGAAAAAGUAAAAACCGCGAAUUAUUCACUAUUUUAAAAUGACGGACCAUUGGCAGAAAGAGCGACACUCAUCGUUACAGUGAGUAAUUUUGUUUGAGCUUUUCAGACUAUGAAAACUGCCAUUUUUUGAGAUAUUGAGAUGAAUUCAAAAACUACACAUUUAUUUCGCUUAACUAAUAUACCUUCACUUAGUCAGCGUAUAAGACAGUGGGUACUUACUUUGAAGGGAAGACUGUACCUAAUAAAGAGAAAGCAGAUCAGAGAAAAAUGGCGAUGAAAACUUGCGAGGAUGCUAGGAAAAGUAUAAGGAUUGCAUUGCCUUUUUAUCAUAUAAAUUUGUUGAAUCAAUUAAUUAGAGGAACUCCCACCAUUUGGGCACAUGGUGCCCUCCAACCAAUCUCCAACAGAUACUAACAUGUUGCUAUGGCAACUGUGUUUGUAAACAAAGACUUCCCAACAAACUGUCAGUCUAAACAAGCUACAUACUAGACCAAAAUAGAGAUCAUGAUGGACAGCAGUAUUUCUGCACAAAUUAGAUCUUUCGUUUUCUGUCAGCUAUUACUUACACCCUGUGACAAUUUCCUCACUGAAAAAGAAAAAUUUUCAGUUUCUUAUUAAAACAAUGCACCCAGUUUCGUAAUGCUUUCAGUUCAAUACCUAUUAUCAGGACACGUAUUGUUUGGUCAUUAUCUAUUAGAAGCUGAGAUAAUAUUGGUCACAUGAGGAACUUCACAACAGAAGUAUAUUUGCUUGAACAAAACUAGAACGCACCUAGCGGUCUAACAUAUUUUGAGAAUGGCCAAAGAGGAUGAGUUCGAAAUCCCAGAUUUUGGCGCAGUAUUUACAUUUGGAAAAAGUCGAUUUGCUGACAAUGUACCGAGUCACUUUUUCAUACGCAAUGAUCCAAUUGUUGAAAUUUCUUGUGGAGAUGAACACACUGCAGUUGUCUGCCAAAAAGGCAGAGUAUUCGUUUUUGGAAGUAAUAAUUGGGGGCAGCUUGGACUUGGCCAUGAAGACACUAUUAACAAACCCAGCUGUGUUAAAAGUUUGAAAAGUGAAAAGGUGGAGCAUGUAAGCUGCGGACGAGCACAUACUAUUUUCAGCACUGAGUCUAACAAGAUUUUUGCGUGUGGGAGCAAUAAUGAUUGUCAAUUAGGAACUGAAUUGACAAACGGAUCGGAUCAUUCUGUCAUUCCUGUGCAAACAACACAACUGAGCGAAAAAAUUAGGUUGCUGACAGCUGGUUCUCAACAUUCUGCAGCUCUUACAGAGUCUGGGAAAGUGUACAUUUGGGGUUCAAACACUGAGGGCCAGUGUGGCCUCGGCCAGACUCCUUCAAUUAUUGCUGCACCUACACUUCUCACAAUCAAGAACUCAAUAAUUACUCAUGUGUCAUGUGGAUAUUAUCACACAGCGUUUGUAACUGAGGAGGGCAAACUAUUCAUCUGCGGAGAGGGAGAAAAUGGAAAAUUAGGUCUAGGAGACGACAUUGUAAAUCAAGUUUAUCCAUUGCUUGUUGAUAUUGAUGCAUUUAUAAUUCAUGUUGCCUGUGGAGGAAGUUACACAAUUGCUCUUUCCGACAACGGACAGGUGUACGUUUUUGGGAAGAACCAAAAUAAGGAACUCGGUCUGCCUGACCUACAAACAGUCACCAAACCAAUGCCAUUAGCUUUCGACCAUACUAAAAAAAUCAAGAGAGUUUCGUGUGGGGAGAGGCAUACCGGUUUUGUAACAGAUAAUGGAGAGCUAUGGAUGUGUGGUGAUAAUCGUCAUGGCGAAUUGUGCGUCGACUGGAUUGGAGAUAAAGCUUCCCCCAUCUCCAGGAUUUCAAUUUUUAGUGCAUUUUUUGUGAAGGACGUAGUGUGCGGUGGCUGCCACACAAUGGUAUUUGCUAGCCCACAGACGGACGAAAAUGAAAAUUCAGAUCCAGAUGUUAUGAUCGAGGCUACUAAGGUGACAAAACAGGAGAAUUCAAAAACACAACUGCCACCUUUGCAAAGAUUGCCCCAAAAUUUCGCGGAGGAAGAAAAAAUUACAGUUAAGGAUGAUUUGGAAAGUAAGGAUGAGAAAUCACAGACUGGUAUUUAUAUACCCUUGACUGGAGACGUAGAGAGCAGAGAAAAUGGAGGGGAGACUGGCAAAACCUAUCACCAUGAAAACGGAACUAGAAAUGGUGAAACCGAAUUUCCCAUAAAAAUACCUCAAAAGGGAAACUGGUGCUCAAAUGAUACAGGCAUUGAAAUCGACGAGGAAAACUCUAUCACUGUUGAAUCGGAGAUAAAGGUUGAUCCGAUCAGAAGUGAAAUUGAAGAGCUGAACGAUGAGUCAAAUUUCAAAAUAGACCGAAGUAAUGUGACAACAGGCGCAUCCAUUAUGACUAAACAAUCAGGGUUGUCUCGAUUUUUCAAUCAAUUGCGGAAUAAAAAACCUCCUCCUAUUCAAUCAGAGAAGGAUAUCACAACAGCAACAGUUUUGGGUAGACACAGAAAUGGAAAUCAGCAAGAGCGGAGAAAAAUUGAUGAUAUGAAAUUCAGAAACAACAGGACAAAGUCCAAAGCAUGUACGAUCUUUUGAGGGACAAUCAACCAAUACAAGCGCCAUUUUGUUUAUUCAAUUUUGAAUUUUUAAAACAUUUGUAAAGUUUUAACUUUCACUUUUUCUAGUCAUUUCUACCUACGAUUUGUUACUUGAAAUUUUAAAUAAUAAAAUGAAAUAC